CUCUCUUGCUCUCUCUCUCUUUCUCACUCACUUGCUCAUGUCUCUGUCGCUAAGGCAACCAAUGCUUUUUCCCACUCCCUCUCCCUAUCUCCCCCUCUCGGAGUCUCUUUCCCUCACUCCCCUGCUUCAGCCGUGAGAGGUAGGCAUGUCAACUGAUCUGUGUGGAGAGAGUGUGAGUGUGUAUGUGUCUGCAUGUCUGAGUGUGUCUGGUUUUGAUAUGUUCAGGUAUGUUUGUGUUGACUGUCUGAAGGUUUUGUGACUGCAGGUUUAAUGCAUGAAAUGCGGAGCCCCAUGCGUGCAUGCGGAGCAUGCUGUGCACAGGUGUGUGUUAAAGAGUACUUGCGUAUGUAUCUGUGAUGGGGGAAGUGUGGGGGAUAAUUUGAUAUGUAAUCGAGGGUGAAUUUCAGUUUUAUUGUGCUACUCUUCAGAGUGUGUGUUAUGAUGUGUGUGUUUGAUGUUGAAUAAGCAUGUACGCGUGGGUGGGUGGGUGUGUGUGUGUGUGUGUGUCUAAGUGCUGGAGAUGACGGGGUACUCUUCACAAGCAUCUGCUCAGUGUCUCGCCGCCGCUGGGAGAGUAGAGUGAAUCCCCCCUUUCCCUGUUUUUCUUUUCUCUUCUUUUCUCUCUCUGUCUUCCAAGAGAUGAUUGGUGGAGCAAAGGCUCACUGAAAAGACUGAAGCGAUGGAGCGAUGCUCCAUCCCUACUGCCACCUCUCUCUACUGCCUCCUGCUGGUGGCUCUGGUGACAUGCCCCACCCGGUGUGACCCCAAUGAGCAGAACUGGGAGGAGCUAAAUGAGAUGCAGGUAGAGGCGCUUUCUGCCCAGCUGUCCGUCACAGCCCAGGCCACACCCACUCCUCUCUGGGCAGUGGACUGGGGCCCAACUCAGACCCUCGAGGAUGAGACACAACACUUCCUGCCCAGCCAGGAAGGGGACCACUGGCAGGCGUCGACAGAUGAGACCUUGCCACAUCACAAGAACACGCUCACCACCCACACACAACAGCAACUUCCGUCCCUAGAGGCAAAGGAUGUGGUGACUGGCAAAGACAGCAAGACGGAGGCCGAAGAGGAGUUUGAAGAAGUGGAUCCUCAGUUCUAUGUCACAGUGACCAUCUCAUCUGUGCUGAUUCUCGCAGCUGUCAUCAUAACUGCCAAACUCUGUUACGACCGCAGCUGUUCCCGGCACCCACCCCCGCUCUCCCUCGGCGGGGCUCCCCCCCUAUCGCUCGCCAUCCCUCGCUCCCUCGCUCAGGAGGACAGUAGGCAGACGCUGCACAGCACCCCCUCCUUCAGCGACAGGGAGAGGAUUCCUGUGGUCAAUCUCUAAGGACGACUGUUUCCCAAUUUGAUAAGCAUUUAUACUGGGCACUGAAAAUAUGCCAUGGUUUGAGAGUGUGUAUAUAUACAUAUAUAUUUUGGACAAUGAAAGCAGUAGUCUAGGUGUUCCUCAGCCAUUGAGAAAGCUCCUCCAGCUCAGAUAUGUAGAUCACACACACAGCUGCUGCUGCUCCUGCAGCUGGCUCUUCUCCUCCACCGUGACACAGAGUGUAUUUCAUGUUUUGGCAGCACUUGGCUCCCUGUGUCCUUGUUGAUGUUGAUGAACGUAGCGAUUCCCCAAAAAGCUGUUCCACAUGCAGUGCAGUAUGUCAUAGUGUCGGCUAAAGAGAUCAUUUUAUGGAGACCUCCAUCAAAUCCUUUACUUGAUGAAGUCUGUGCUAAUGACAUUUUGGCUGUUAAAGUUCCUGAACUAUUGAUUGAACUCAAGCACUAAACUGCAGUACAGUCAGUGGCUGGAGUGCUUAAUUUGUAUUUAAUUAAAAAGAAUUGACUCGAGUCUGUUCUCAUAAAAUAAUGGUACUUAACAUCUUAAGGUGUUGAUGAUCAUAGAAAUUGUGGGUGUUGAAGCACACAAAUUAGCAUUUUAACAAGCUUCAUUAAAAAGUGUGCAGUACAGAUACAAGUACAGCGCCAAUGUUUUCUAUGAUAUACAAUUGCCUUCGAGACUGUUCCGUUUCUUAUCUCUAUCUCUUGACCAUGGCAUUCUGCACUGGUACUGCCUCAUUAGCUAGUGCUACAAAAUGUUCUAGAAAGAACCCCCAACACCAAGUGCUCAUAGUGUGUUCAUUUUAGCUCACUACUUUUUGAGAAGAGGAGGAAAGAAGGAAGAGGCUUAACCCCACUCAGCUGAAGGGUUAAAAUGAUCAGAGUUUCCCCCAAGACCUGGAGGUGUGUGUCGGUGUGUGUGUGUGUGUGUGGGGGGGGGGGUUAUCUUUCAAAGCUGAGUGAACAGAGUUAGCCUGAUGGACCUGUGCCAACAUGUUUAACAUAAUCCCUGAAGUAGCCAUCCCUGUAUUUAAGGUAAAAUUCUAUUCUCGCUCACACAGGUUGGGUCGGGUCAGAAAUUGAAAAUGUCCAUAAAACUUUGCAGUAUGCACUUUUGAAUGUUAUGCCAACCUAAAAUGGUGAAAUGGAUAGAAAAUGUUUUCCUGCUUCGAAACUGCAGAGGGUUGUUGAGGUGUUUGACAAUGUUCAGCAUCAGGCUAACUUCCGCUAACUUUGGGGGGGUUUCACUACAGUGACUGUCUGACUUCAUGUGCGGUGACAUCGUAUGUAGUUUGUUCGGUACAGUAUUAUGUCAUCUGAGUCACAUUGCUGUGAAUCUAUCGACCACGUUACACGUGAAGCUCAAUAAACAGCAAACACUCUUUGUGA